AUUACACACGAACAAUUAAAGAAAUAGUACCAAUUUUCUAAAAUUGAAAUCAUAAAAUAUGUGUUGAGACUGCGCAAAUGUAUGAAUUACUUAUCCUGUGGGAUGCUGACUGAUCAAUAGUGUUUCAUGAGUCAUUUUUAAGAUCAUAUUGAAAAGGGAAACACUAGAUUGUUAUCAUGAAAAUACCAGGAAAUAAUUACGUGCCAGACGCUACAGUUUUAGGAAAUGUGCCAAGCGAUGAUGGAAUGGACGAUAUGACAGAAUCAGUUGAUGAACUGCGAGAAAAAUUAUCGAAUAUGAGAAAAUUAAUGGAAGAACGAAAAGGAACGACAUUAGGCGAUCUCAGUGCAAAGAAACGAAAAGAAACCUCUGAUAUAAUUGACGGCAAUUUUCUCUCAUGGAUUUUUGGCUGUGCUCUAAUUGUUAUUUUGAGUGUUAGUUUUUAUGCCUUUUAUAACUUAUAUCAUGCGGUUUUGAAAAAGUUCCCUUCCCAUCAUACCGAAUUAUAAAAAUCAUUCGUUUGCCUUAUUUUCCACAAAAAAAAAAGUUCAUUACAAUCAGCGUUACACACACGAUAAUGUAAAUAGUAAAAAAAAAAAAUGAAAACAAUAAAAAUAGUUUUACUAAUUCAAA